AGCUUUCAAGGAAGUUGCGUGUUGUGAGUGAGGUGACCGCAUAUAAUACUGCGCACUCACUGGAACAUUCGUAUGGUUUGUCUGAUCUAAUAAUUUCAUCUCUUGUCUCUCCACAAAGGCAUAGACCUUAUUUAAAAGACAAAGAUCGGUCGGUCCAAAAGGUCAGGCACUCACCACCAAACGAUGCGGUCAUUAAAAGGGGCACCCUUCGCCGAACGCUCUUCGUUGACAGGCUAAUUACAUACAUUUGCUUUCGACAAAAAAACAUCAAAUCCGGAUGCCUAACCACGCCCUUCUGGCACCGGUCAAUCACUAAAUCAAUUGCACCGCACGGUAAAUACACUUUUCAAGCAACUGAUUCCCAUAUUCACCAUGUUGUGGCGUCGGGCGGGUGGCCUCUGUCUGUUGCUGUGUUGGGCCUGGGCAACACCGGCACAAGCUGCAGCAUUUAGUCAUGACAUCACCCAGCUGAGCUACACGGAUGUCGACUCGCCUCUCCAAAAACACCUACAAUCACAACAACAACAAAAACAAGAACACAAACAAAAACCUAUCACCACCACAACCAUUUCUUCAAUACUCUUCACGUCUCUAGAGCGCCUGGCCCGCCUCGUAGACAUAGCCUACUGCGUGGGAAGUCUGCCCGGCAUCUCGCGGCCCUUCACCUGCGCCUCGCGCUGCGCCGAUUUCCCCCACGUUUCACUCGUCAACACCUGGGACACGGGCCCACUCCUGACAGACAGCUGCGGCUACGUCGCCAUCGACCACGCCGAUGAAGCCAUAGUGGUCGCCUUUCGGGGCACCUACAGCAUCGCCAACACCGUGAUUGACCUCAGCACGGUGCCGCAGGAGUACGUGCCCUACCCGGAGCCCGACGACGAUGGCGACAGGGAGCGCUGCGACAACUGCACCGUGCACCUAGGAUUCCUAGCCAGCUGGAAGGUCGCCAGGAAUCUGGUCCUGCCCGCCAUCGAGGAGGCGAGGCAGAAGCACCCCGGCUUCAGCAUCAACCUCGUCGGCCACAGCCUCGGCGGUGCCGUCGCUGCGCUGGCGGCGCUCGAGCUGAAGCUCAUCAGCGGCUACGAUGUCGUAGUCACGACUUUUGGUGAGCCGAGGGUUGGCAACAGCGGGCUGGCAAAGUUCAUUGAUCGCGUGUUCGGCUUAGACCAGGAAGCAAAAGAGGACAUGGCGUACCGCAGGGUCACGCACGCCGAGGAUCCGGUACCGUUGCUGCCGCUCGAGGAGUGGGGAUACAGGUCACACGCCGGCGAGAUUCACAUUGAGAAGCCGGCGCUACCACCAGCACCGACUGACAUAAAGUUGUGCAAAGGCGAAAGGGAUCCCGAUUGCAGCAACGGGAACUCUGACGCGGCGCUGACUACCUUGCUGCUUGGAGAGGAACAUUAUCUAAAGAAACAGCAUCUGAAGCUGUGGCAGCUGUUCUUUGCCCAUCGAGACUACUUUUGGAGGCUUGGGCUUUGCGUUCCCGGUGGUGAUCCGGCUGAUUGGGGUAGAGACAAGUAUGAUGUGGCUCCUGGCCAGGAUGAGCUCUAAGGAUGCUUUGAAAUUUAUAUCAUUUAAUGAUUCUUUUUUUAUCUUUCAGAAUCUGUACUGGACCGGAUGCGCUUGUACGAUUGCGGAACGUACCUUAGUUAAUCUAUCAAAAUUUCAGCUCUCUCCAACAGCACAUCAACUAAACCGGAAAAAGAACACUUACAGCCACAAACGUAUUCCAGAAAAC